AUGCUCAGGCUCCAGAAGAGGCUGGCCUCCAGCGUUCUGCGCUGCGGCAAGAAGAAGGUCUGGUUGGACCCCAACGAGACCAAUGAGAUCGCCAACGCCAACUCUCGCCAGCAGAUUCGUAAACUGGUGAAGGAUGGUCUCAUCAUCCGUAAGCCUGUCACGGUCCACUCCAGGGCGCGCUGUCGCAAGAACACCCUGGCUCGCCGCAAGGGCAGACACACUGGAUACGGUAAGAGGAAAGGUACAGCGAAUGCUCGUAUGCCAGAGAAGCUGUCCUGGAUGCGCCGCAUGAGAAUCCUGCGCCGUCUGCUGCGUCGUUACAGGGAGUCCAAGAAGAUCGACAGGCACAUGUACCACAGCCUCUACCUGAGGGCCAAGGGUAAUGUGUUCAAGAACAAGCGUAUCCUGAUGGAGCACAUCCACAAACUGAAGGCAGACAAGGCCCGCAAGAAGCUUCUGUCUGACCAGGCUGAAGCUCGUCGUACCAAGACGAAAGAGGCCCGUAAGCGCAGAGAAGAGCGUCUUGCAGCCAAAAAGGAGGAAUUCAUCAAGACCCUGUCCAAGGAGGAGGAGACAAAGAAGUAA